AUCCUCCCCCGGGUCCCGGCUCACCCUCCCCCGGGUGCGGGCUCGGAGCAGCGGGGCAGGCGCUGCGGCUCCCCGCCUCCCUCCCCCGGCCGGAUACACAGUGCCAGACCCGGAGAACGAGGAGAGAGGUUUGGUACCUGCUGCAGGAAAGGACAGAACAAGAAAGCACCAUGUCUGCAGUCUCAGCUUAUUACAAUGGAAAGACUGUACUUAUCACAGGAGCGACAGGUUUCGUGGGCAAAGUACUGCUGGAAAAACUCCUGCGCUCCAGCCCUGAGGUGAAAGCAAUUUAUAUUCUUGUCAGGCCAAAAGCAGGACAAUCAAUGCAAGAGAGAGUGGCCAACAUGUUGAAAUGCAAGGUCUUUGACAGGGUCCGAGAAGAUUGCCCUAAUUUCCACGAGAAGAUUAAGCCUAUUAAUGCUGAACUCACUCAGCCCAAGCUGGCCAUCAGUGCUGAAGACGAGGAGGAGCUUCUGACCCGGGUCAAUAUUGUCUUCCACUGUGCAGCAACUGUUCGCUUUGAUGAACCCCUGAAACACGCCCUGCAGCUGAAUGUGAUGGGCACGCAGCGGCUCCUGGAGCUGGCCCGGCAGAUGCAGAACCUCGAGGCCUUCAUCCACAUCUCCACUGCCUAUGCAAACUGUGUCCGGAAAUGCAUCGAGGAGAUCAUCUACCCGCCCCCAGCCGAGCCCAAGAAGCUCUUUGACUUAGUAGAGUGGUUGGAUGAAUCCAUCAUUCAAGACAUCACACCCAAGUUGCUUGGGGAAUGGCCCAACACUUACACCUACACCAAAGCCUUGUCAGAAUACCUGAUUCAGCAAGAGAAAGGAAACUUGAACAUUGCUAUCAUCAGGCCAUCCAUCGUGGGAGCCAGCUGGCAUGAGCCUUUCCCAGGUUGGAUUGACAACUUCAACGGGACAAGUGGAAUAUUUAUUGCGGCAGGCAAAGGGAUUCUGCGGACUGUCAUCGCCAACAACGAAGCGGUGGCCGACAUGAUCCCGGUGGACGUUGCCAUCAAUCUCACCCUGGCAGCAGGGUGGUACACUGCUGUGCACAGACCAAAAAACUUGUUGGUGUACAACUGCACAACAGGUGGAAUCAACCCUUUCUUCUGGGGAGAAAUGGGGCAGUACGUCAUGUCCACGUUCAAAAGGAACCCUCUGGAGCAGGCCUUCCGCACACCCAACACUCACAUGACGUCCAGCUACUUGAUAAACCAGUACUGGAUCACUGUCAGCCACAAGGCACCGGCCAUUCUCUAUGACCUGUACAUGAGGCUCACGGGGAGAAAGCCCAGAAUGAUGAAAAUUAUCAAUCGACUGCACAAGUCUAUGACACUCCUGCAGUAUUUCUCCACCCAGUCCUGGAACUGGUCUUCAGAUAAUAUGAAUAUGUUAAUGAGUCACCUUAACACAGAGGACAAAAAGUUGUACAACUUCGAUGUUCGUCAGCUGCACUGGUCAGAAUACAUUGAGAGCUACUGCAUAGGGGCUAAGAAGUACUUGCUAAAUGAGGACAUGGCUGGAAUUCCAGCAGCAAAGCAGCAUUUACGGAAGCUGAGGAACAUCCGGUACGCCUUCAACACCACCCUCCUCGUCAUCAUCUGGCGCAUCUUCAUCGCCAGGUCACAGAUGGCUCGGAACAUCUGGUACUUUGUGGUGAGCCUCUGCUACAAGUUCCUCUCCUACUUCAGGGCAUCCAGCACCCUCCGGCACUGAAGCCACCCAUCAGCAACCAGCCCCUUCCAGAAGGACCUCCAUCUCCUCUGAUCAGCAACUAUGGGCAUCGGGGUCUGACAGUAGCAGAAAAUUCCACUCCCUCCAACAGCAGCUGGCAUUUGUUGUGCACUGUUAUAUGUUCACCUUUUUAAUUUAACUAAUGCUUUACUACAUGGUGGUCUUUCUUCCAUAGGACCAGGCCAAUUUUUAAAGCCAUAACUGAAGCUUUAGGAACAGGUCAAGCCUGAACCCUUCAUCUAGAGUCUGAUGUGCGAGAGUAAGGAUUAACCAAAGUCAUUGUCUUCCCAUGUACUACUACCUAGGCUAUCUUAAUUCCAUCUUCUUCCUCAAAAGAGGCAAAUUUAAAGCAUAGAACCUUGGCAGAAAAGGAUGCCAUCAGAGAAGACCCAGCCAAGGAAAUUAUCCUGUAAGAGGUCUUCCUAAAGAUGCCGUUCCUUCAUUCUCAUUCAGUGAAAUGGUACCUUAUUGAAAAAACAAGAUUUCACUUUUCAGUUUUUCAAAACUUGGAGGGGGAAGAAGAUGAGUUACACUGGGCCAGUGAACACACAGAACAGUUUUCAGAUCUUGUCUUAUAUUGCUACUGAGGACUGAUGCUUUCAAGCCAUAACUGAAGACACACAUAGAAUUCAUGCACCUGUGUUAACUCUACUCACUCACAAGCUGCUUUCUUACAGAGAGGUCUUUCUUUCUCUCUGGUUAAGGUUUCAGUCUAUUAAAAAAUCCUGGUCUUGCAUUUAUCACAUUUGCUCAGAACAGUUUUGGAGUCUUGAAAAACGCUGUAUUAACUCUGAGGACAAAGAGAAGACUUCUUAAAAGGCUGAAGAAGAAUUCAGAAACUCUUUAUUGUUUUUGAGGAAUAGGUCUUUCUUCCCCCUGGAUUUGUCUGCAGAAAACCUCUCCCUGUAACUCAAAACCAGCCUGACAGUGUGCUUCAUGCUUUCAUUACAGCUAAAUCACUUUGGUCACUUCCACUGGCAAAAAAAGUGGAAAGACACACAUGGAGGAAACACCAUCGGGCCAGUUCUGCUGCCACUGUUGUCAGUAGGCAUUAAAAAGUCUGAAACUUGGUUUUGUUGAGAGUAAGUCCACUGUUGGACUCAGUGAUCUUAAAGGUCCAGCCUAAAGAAACCCUGUUAUUCUAUGGCUUCUCUGUAAAAGCAGCCCUGCCCUGUGAAGUUGAACCCAAGAACCUUCCUUACACUCAUGGCUAUUGGAGAUACUUGUUUCACACAGUGAAGUAGGAAUUCCUGUGAGGGCAGAGAGAGAGCUUUCUUCAAAGUACCCGGUGCAACAACAGCCUUAGUGCAAUAGCAACAAAUCUAUCGUGCUGUCAGAUUUUCAGAGCCAAAUCUAAUACUGAGAUAUUUUGAAUAAGCACUCUAAGAUCAGACUUCAAAGCAGCUAGUUUUUGAAACUUGAGUCUUGUGUCGUGCUGUCUGUCUGAAAAAGUAAUGUCACAUCACAACAAAGUGACACAGUUGCUCUUUUGCUAGCUGGGAAUAGCAGAGUAUUUACAAAGUUGGCAUUCUUCAAAAAUUAUACUUGUUUUUGGCAGUAAAGGCAAGAGCAAGUUAUGAUGACAGUAUAUUUAUAUCUUAGGCCUUCAAGCUAGUUCAGAAGCCUUUCUAAAGACGCAAGGGAUUUAUCUUCCCCAGAGGUCUAGUUUCCAGCAAUUCCCAAAGGAUGUCUGCAGCAGAAACAUGGUGUCCAGAAUGGCAGGGCUCUGGCAUUGCCUACCACAGACCUUUGUGUUUUUCACACAUUACUUCUGAUCCAUGAUUAAUUAGAUCAAGCACCCAGUUUACAAAGGUGCAGAUUUCUUAAGCUCUUGCCUUGAAAACGUAUUUCCAAAAGGAAACUGGUGCUGGUUUUUAGCUGUGUGUUUUCUAGCUUCAAAAAGCUGGCAGGACAUACUGUGCAAGGUGUCACUGCCUGGGAAACCUGGAGCUGUGGGUUCAGGUGCUGGGGACCAGACAUUUCCUGUCCAGUGCUGCCAUAAAAGUAUCAGUGAAGGUUAGUGGCAUUAUACUUUGCUACCCUGGUGGGGCUAAGGCAGGUUGCUGUAGGGAUUCCUCCAGAAAGGCUGAAUUCCCUCAAGUACAUAAUCGAGUCAUCAGGCAUCUUGCAGUCUCCUUAUCUGAAAGGGUAAAAAAAAAAAAAAAAAAACCAAACCGAAACUGUAGAUGACUUUGAAACAAACUUCCAUUCAAAAAUUAGGAAAUAAAUUUUAACUUGUAUCCUAAGUGUCUUUUUAAGAGUGCCUGCCUUAUGUAUAAAGAGAAGCAAGUCUUAUGACAGACAAAAACUUGAGUGUCAGAGAAAAGUCAAAGGUGCAAACCUUGCUACACUGACAUCAGUCAGCUCUGUUAAGAGUAAAGUGUCCCACCUUUCCUUCCCCUUCCCUGGUCAUUCCAUGCAUUCCUCACAAUAUGCCUGUAGGCAUUCACAGCUGUUUGCUGUAUUGUCCCAGCAAGUCUCAGGUGUAUCUUUGCUCACCUGAGCAUAUCUGGACCUGUUUUCUGAACAUGCAAAAAGAUGCUUCACGUUUCACUCAGAACAGCGGUGGUGUGAUAUUUUAGGGCUCUUCAGCAUUUUACUGAGGGUGACAGCAAAACUACUGCUCAGCCCUGAAAAAACAGCAGGAGCUGCUUGGACCGUUGGAAAAACAUAGCUGUUGCAGAUGGUGUUUGCUCUUCUGGAGACCUUUCACAGCCCACACAGCACUGCCAGCAGCUGGCUCCAGAGCUCUGGCCUUGCCUGGGGCGGAUCAAGCUGUUAGCUUGUCUAACACAGACAUAACACGCAGGGAAACUUGAAUCUCUAAUCCACUUUCUUGUGGCUUGAGAUGUUUUCAGGUGAUUUGAACCACAGAAGUAUUUCAGAAAACCUCAGUGGAGGGGCUGACGUGCGGCGAUGGCCUCCGGGUGCCAGUCAUGACUGUCAUCACAGAGAGCUGGGCCUGGCACAAGAACUUGUUCUCACCCUGAGCAGUGACUUACCUUUGAUGGUUUACUUUGUGCUCCUCAGUGGAUUUGUGUGUGUGCUCUGAGGAAACCCAAAACCCAAGUCUUGGGGAAAUACCUAAAAGAAAACACCAAAUGACAGACACUUCUUUCCUUCUCUGUUCUCUUGCUCUUUCAUGUACACUCACAAGCUUUUGACAAAAGAAAAGCCAAAUGCAGCUGCUACUGAGUUAAAUCUGUGGUGACAAAUUAUUGCAAAAAACUUAGGAGUGGAUAUUGCUCAUGGCUGAAGGCUGGAGCUUUUAAUACCUGAUACCUGUGAGUGGGUCUCAAGCCUUGUUUGUUUUUCCACUGGUAGCAUGGUCAGUGCUAUGGGGAGGAGAGAGAAACUAGGAGGAGCGUUGCUAGGCACAGAGCAUCCAGCUCAACAAGGCAAGGGGCACUCGAGAGAUCAGAGAACUGUGAGCUGCCAAACUCAGAAGACUCCCCCGCAAGGAGUGGGGAAGAAAGAGAUCUAUCAGCAUUUUGACACCAGUUCAGUUUCUUGUGAUCGAACAUCCAAACUAAAAGGCUCCUCUGUCCUUUGCCCAGCUGCCUACUGGCAGCAUAAAGAACAAUGCUGGCAGUCACAAAAGAAAAUACCAGCCACAAGGCAGUAGGAUGGGAUGAUUUGCUUGUACCCCCUGAACUUGCAGUGAUUUCAACCUCUCACAGUGGGAGAAGCCUGCGCAAAUAACGCAGAGCACUGCAGAACCUGAUGUGCUCAUGUUUUGUUAAUGCUCUGCACACACACUGGUCUGUGGGCUACAGCUGGGAACUGCUGUACCAGAGCAAUGAAACACUGAAUAUCAUUUCACUGUCAAACAGCAACGGGCAGAACCUUGCAAUUAACAAGUAUCUUUUUAAUUACAUUGCGAUCACAAAAAACCCCCCACAACAAAUCCCUAAAAUUAAUCCACGCUUAAACUGCCUUUUGACUGACAACCAAAAUUCCAGCAUGUCUCUUACCAAAUAAUAAAAUUCCUCACCCCUCUACACUCCUUUUUUCCAAUAACUUUGUUAAGAAAAUACAGUUCUUUCUUGGUAGAGAUGUGGGGUAACAGACAUACUGGUAUAUUACAGAUUGUUGGCCCAUUUCCCACCUCCUCAAGAAAUUUGUUCUUUUAUAUUUUCUAAGAUAACAUCAUUAUAUAUUCCUGUGUGUAUAGCUGCAUCUUUCAGCACCAGACAACAUACAGAGAUGGAAAAACUCGUGGAGCUCAUACUGAAAUGCCAGGCUGUGCUUGUUUGGUGUGCACUGUUCCACUUCAAUUGCAGACAAAGUGAUGAAAACAUAAUCCAGUUUCCAGUGUAAACGAAACCCAACCUGUAGUACUUUUAACCAAUUCAUUGCCAUGAAUAAGCAACUGGGAAAAGAGGGAGGGGGGGGCAUCCUUUUGGUUGUAAAUAAGCUACAGCUUCAUGGUCAAAAGCAUGCUGUUGCUCUUCCAGCAUUGACGUCCUACCGCUGAAAGCAAGGAUGAACUUUUAGUACAAUUGGAUCCUUUAUUCUAGCACAGAGUAAACAACAUACUGUACAUUCCCCAGAAGCCAAGUGGUGAAUAUCCCAUUACAUGGUGCUAAAUAUCAGUAUAAAAGUGGUACAGACUUGCUUAAUAGAAUUUAAAUCCAAAAAAUAAAGCAUAUUUGGGGAAUAAUUAAAGAUGAACUAUCCCACUUUUCUCUAUUGCUUAAAAGCCAACUAUGAAAUGAGUUGGUUUUUUCAGAUUAGCAAGAAACCACUUUGAACAGGUUUCUUGUCCUUACAAAAUCUUGGCAGACCCCAGUUUAUAGUAAAAUAUGUACUCUCCCACUGUCCAAAGUUUCUACGGUUCUAUCUGCUAUUUCUGUUCUCUUGUUAGCUAUGAGACAACUUACUGUUAGAAAUCUUAAUUACAAAGUUUCUAAUGUUAAGCCGUAAUCUUUUGAGCUCUCAAAUCAGAUAAAAUGAUGAAAUCACAAAUUAUGUGAACCUCAGCCAUAAAAUUGUUAAUAUGAUGUUUAUGUUAUUUGAAACAUUUAAUAAAACAAAAUAUUUUAAAACUAUG